AUGUCCUAUGAUCGGGAUCGACACUAUGAGCUUUUGGUGAAAGCAGCCUACUUCGAUCCUGCAGAAGUCCUCUACCCUCCAGAUGAAGGCUGGAGCGAUGAAAAGCUUGCUGUUGACGUCCUCUGUGCUUUCCGUCGAUCAGAGGACGUAAUCGAUCUCCUACGUCAUCUACCUUAUAUCAAACAGCUAGAUGGGCACGACACAGACGAAGUAUACCUUUACACCCAGCAUAUGUCCUAUUUGCGCGAAGCCUGGCCGUUUAAAUCGUUGGAUCCAAAGUUCUGCCGACAAAAACAGCUGGCUGACGAACUGCUGAUGCCAACUGCUGGAGAGUGGCCGGGUGAAUACAUUUCGUUAACACGGGACCAACAUGCGAUAGAUCAUGCCUUCGCGUAG